AUGGCUCCGACAGAAAACGGUGAUGAUCGAGGUGGACAGGGCAAACAAGCAGGAAAUGGUAACAAUAAUAUCCUUUUCGAUCAAUCGAAAAAUGAGCAAACAUCGUUGACAAGUGGCUUUAAAAAGUUACAAAUGCAUUUGAAAAAUUGGAAAUUGUCAAAUCAUCGAGAAGAAAUCACUGCCGAGCGUUUAACACCAUUUCGUGUGUUUAUGAUUGCUAAUCCAAGAGAAAAAUUUACACCUCAAGAAUAUGAUUCGAUGAAACGAUAUAUCGACAAUGGCGGAAGUAUUUUAUUGACACUAAAUGAAGGUGGAGAGUCUCGACAGAAUACAAAUGUGAAUACAUUUCUAAAAACCUAUGGUAUUGAAGUGAACGAUGACAGUGUCAUUCGGGCGGCGUAUUAUAAAUAUUUUUAUCCAAAAGAAGCAUUGGUUCUUGAUGGUGUUCUAAAUCGAGCUGUAGCUGAAAAUGCGCAUAUAAUUGCUUCGACUGCACCAACACCAAAGAAUAAAAAAAGUCAAAAUGCAGUUGUAGUGGACAAAUCAUUACGCGCUCAAGUGGCACGUUCUUUGGAAUUUGUUUAUCCGUUCGGAGCAUCUUUGAAUGUUCAACCACCAUCUGUACCUGUUCUGUCAACUGGUACAACUUGUUUACCAACUCAACGAGCCAUUUGUGCUUUUUAUACAUCGCCAUCCAAAAAUGGAGGUCGCCUAUGUGUGUGUGGUUCGACAAUGAUUUUUCAUGAUAAUUACUUGGAAAAGGAACAGAAUCGACGAUUAUUAGAUGUUGUGAUAGAAUUUCUUACAAACCCAUCAUUUCGUCUGAAUGACAUCGAUGCUGAAGUACCUGAUAUAUCUGAUGAGAUGUUAUCGCCCGAUCUGUUAGCAAUGUCAGAAAUGUUAAAAUGCAGUUUACACGACGUUGAGGAAUUACCUAAAGAUGUGCGCAAAUUACUAGAUACACAAUUAUACAAUUUGGAUUUGACACUCAUACCUAAAAUGAUCCGCGCAUAUGAUGAGUUGCAAAUGAAACAUGAACCGUUGACGUUGAUUAAACCUCAAUUCGAAGUUCCAAUGCCACCGUUGAAACCAGCUGUUUAUCCGCCAGUAUUUCGGGACUGUGAGCCUCCUGCAUUGGAAUUGUUUGAUCUCGAAGAUUAUUUUGCUUCGGAAACAUCACGUUUAAAUCAAUUAACGAACAAGUGUUCGGAACACGAUUUAGAUCUGUUUGUUAAAGAAUUCGGAAAUAUCGCGGGUAUAUCCAGUCGUAUGCCCGCAGAACAACGUGGUGCCAAACAAAUUCUUGAAUUCGUUGUGACACAGUUAUUUGAAUUUAAACGAACGUAUCAUCCAGGCAUGGACGAUGAUUAUAUGGCUGGUCAUAAUUCCCUUGAUCCAGGUCGAUAUACAUUCGGAAUGGGAGGCGGCGCGGCAUCGAACUUCGAUCAUCUUGUUGUCGAUUAA